AUGGAAAAGGAAGCAUCUGCUGAAGCUCGGAAAACCACCCAAGAAUCUAUAGUUAAAGAAGAGGUAUGCAGUGUUUGUUUGCUUUUUGGCAUGUUAUUUUGAAGUAACUUAGUUAUUGUGAUCAAAUACUGGGCUUAGUACUGCAUAAUAGCGUAUGCAAAUGCUAUGUAUCCUACUGUGAUAAUGGGAAAGCAGCCCCUUUAUAUGACUUAGCAAGACCAUUUCCCAUCAUCCAGAGAUCUUGCCAUUCCAGCCUUUUGUCAGGAUAGCUGUUUUGCUUUGGGAGGUUAUUCUGUCUAGGUACCAAAAGUUUGGAAGCUGUUAUGAGAUGAAUUAGAAAUAAGAAAGCAUAUGCAUCAAAGUCCUUAUAGUGUGUGUCUGCACUGCAGCUAUAAACAUAACCACAUUUAAUCAAUCAAUUCAUAUUUUUAAUUUUCUUUUAUACUUCUAUUCCGUUAUUCACCAAAUGGUUCAAGGGUGGGUUACAAACAUAGGGAACAAGUUGUACUGAACACAGCCCAGCUUGCUUUUGAGCAAACAUGCAUCACACUGUCCCAUUGAAAUUAAUGGCAAUCUAAUGCUCUUCAACAUGACCUUAAUUGCUCUGAAGACGUUUGUGUUAUAUUAAGUGAGUUGUGCGUUGGUAAUCAAAUUUCUGUUGAUUCUUAAGAAUCAAGAGCAGGGUUCAUGGAGUUCCUCAUGUAACAUCCACCUGACUUCUUGAUGUGUCUAGUAAGAUGGGACUGCCUCAGUGUGCAGAAAUCCGGUGUCCAUUAGAGGGACUUGUUAAUAAUCUGUAAUAUUUUUCAUGCUUAGCUUCCUCUUAAUUGAUCUUCUUGACCUCUUGCUUGCCUGGUGCAUUUUUGCCACUUCAGUCCCGCUACAUUUGAUGGCCCAUGUAAUGUCCAGUUUACCUACCUCUUUCCACCUAUCAAUCACAUGCCCGUGGGUUGCUGUGAGUAGUUGGGGUAAUGAUUUAAGCUUGUGUCACAACAGUGUAGGGGGUCACAAUAAAUCUCUCUCUAGUCCUUCAUAUCUUUUGUGUAACGUUGUGUAACAUUUCAAACAAUUGCUCAGUCAUUACAUGUCUGGUGUGAGUGUGUCAAGUGUGACCAGGGCAGAAGAGGAAUUUUAUGUUUUUUCUCCCUUAGUGAUUAAGUUGUUGUUAUUUACUACAUUCUAGGCAACAGUUCUCUGGAGAGUCCACAGAUCUAAACCAUUUUAAAAUAAACUUAAUUUCCACAAAACCUGAUUUCUGAGUUCAGCAUAGCCUCCUGUUACUUAUGAAAUCAGCUCAAUAGCUCUUUUCUCAUGGUGUUGCUUAUAUGCCUUUCAUUUGUACCUCUGAAUGUACCUAUAACCACAGUUAUUGAUACUUAACCAUACAGUCAUAGGUAUGUUUACCUGGAAUUUAGUCCUAGUACAUUCAGUGGGACUUACUCCCAGGUAAGUGUGCAUAGGAUUGUAGCCCUGAGCUCCUACUCACUUGCCUUUUCCUGUUGCCUCUCUUUUUGAUUCCUGCUGUUCCUUCUUAUUGUUGUCUUCUUUUCUAUUUUUUUCCUUCCUAACUGCAGUGUCUCAUUCUAAAGUCAUGAAGGAUUGCUGUGGCUCAGUGGCUUCCUUCCAUUCACUGGCCACACCUGCUCUGUCAAUAGAUAAAGCAUUAGUGUGAUGUCCUUGGGGUCCUACAAUAAAGCCCUGGCUUCUAUGGGUCACUGGGUAAGCCAAAGUAACUAGGUGUCUAGUAACUCAGGUUCACACUCACCAUAAAAUUAUCCAAAAUACACUUCUGUCAACACCCACUGAAGUGCAGAAUAGUAGGACUUUCCUAAGUAUGUUCAUCUGUGCAGAUGAAAGCAAGAACAUGAGGUGGAAUUCAACCAGACCACAAUUCAUCAAGUAUUUGAACCAACUAUUGUAUUUAUCUAGAAAAGUCAUUCGGUGGAAGGGGUAGCCAACUUGAUGGCCGCCUGAUAUUGUUGGACUACAACUCCUAUCAGCCCUACCCAGCAUGGCCAGUGUUGAGGGGUGAUGGGAACUGUAGUUCAUCAUCUACAGGCCAUCAUGCUGGUGAACUCUACAAUAAAUAGGAAAUAAUGUUUCUGCCUAAUGCAGAAACUCCCUGCUCCACUAUCAGCCUUUGUUCCAGGUCCUUUUCACCUGACUCCUCCAACUGUCAUUCUUAACUAACACUCCUUAUUUGCCACUCACCUUGAUUCAACCCACCAUUCUGUCUCACUCUUCACUUCUCUUCUCCCACACAUUCUUCUAAUAGGACUAGUACUAAAAUUCUUCUCUCCAACAAGAAUGUAAGAACCACCUUGCUGGAUCAGACUGAAAUCCAGCUCAUCCAGCACUGUUUGCCAACAACUAGAGAUAACAAGUGAAAGCUCACAAAGGUGGUGGCCAUUUGUUCAUUGAGUGUGGUGUGCAAUAAGCAAAAAACAAAAUUAAAAUAAUUUGGGCAUCUUGAAGGGACUGCUGCUGUUUAGGUCACACAGAUCCGGUGUUUCAGUCUCAUCACAGUGUGAUGAGAGCAGAGUACUCUUGAAUUUGGUUUCAUACCAUUCCGCCUUUGUUGGGCAACCUUUGCUUUGAGAGAAAAUGCAAGUCCAUUUCACCAUUUCAUAGUGUAGUGGUGGGUGACCUGUGGCCCUCCAGAUGUUGUUGGAAUCCAACUACCAUCAGCCUCAGCUAGCACAGCCAGUGGUCAGGAAUGGUGGGUGCUGUAACGCAGCAGAAUCUGCAAGGUCAGAGGUUUCCUAUCCCUGCCAUAGUAAGCAAUUCUGUAUUUGGUUCACUUGAGGAUUUCCCCCUUGCCUUUGAUUGAAAUUCUAGUACUCUCUGUAGAAAAUGACCAUGUUGUAAAAAGAACAGUGCCAAAUUAUUCCAUAUAUUGUUGAUUCAGGCCGUUUUUAAAAAUGCCCUCAAUAGUUAAUGUUCGUAAAGAUUGCUUCCUGUUCAGGGCAUAUGAUCCUUUUCCAAGAGCACAUGAGAAAAUUAUAGGGGGCUCCCUUUACUUUGAACUUGCACACAUCUCUGUGUUCACAGCAAAUAGUUCUUCAUUCAUUGAAUGUAAUGCAAAUACUUUGGUAAUGCCUACCAUUUUGGAAAUGGCAAAACAGCAAAACUAUUGUCUUCCUUCAUCUAUGAGUAAAAUCCUGCCAUUACUGAACUGAAAGAUAAUGCUGAUGAUGACUUCAGUUUUCCAUAUUAGCUGUAACCACAGUGGAGGCAGUUUUCAUAGUUGUUCCAAAUCAUCAUCUUUGUGGUGAAAAUAAAGGGGUCAUAGGAGAUAGGUCGAUAAAGAUGGUCAACCCAGUUUGCAGCAGUUUUGGAAAAGCUUGAAUCCUGCUUGCUAAUUUUCCAUGGGCAUCUGAUUGGCCACUGUGAGAACAGGCUGCUAGAUUUAGAUGGGCCAUUAGCCGGACCCAGCAGGCUUUUCUUAAGUUUUUAAAAUGUUUUAAGUGAUUUUUUUCCCCUCAAGACGAUUGCAGAAAGAAAAUGGGUGAAGCUUGAGCAGACAACUUACAUUGACCCUGAAGGUCAAACAAGGUAAUCAUUUUUACCUAUUAGCUGUUUUCUAAACCAUGGGGGUUUUAAAUAGUGUUCUAAGGAAUAGGUAAAGGGACCCCUGACUAUUAGGUCCAGUCGUGGCCGACUCUGGGGUUGCGGCGCUCCUCUCGCUUUAUUGGCCGAGGUAGCCGGCGUACAGCUUCCGGGUCAUGUGGCCGGCAUGACUAAGCCGCUUCUGGCGAACCAGAGCAGCGCACGGAAACAGCGUUUACCUUCCUGCCAGAGCGGUUCCUAUUUAUCUACUUGCACUUUGACGUGCUUUUGAACUGCUAGGUUGGCAGGAGCAGGGACUGAGCUAGUGUUCUAGGGAGCUCUUUAAUAGUGUUCUAGGGAAUUCUAGGGAGUUCACAUAGGGUUCUUGAUUGAGGACACCAGUGGUGAUGGACAAAUCCCAUCAAAUUGCAAGACAAAUUGCCUAUUCCUCUCUAUCUGCCCUUGCAGCACAUCUCCACAGGAGAGAGUUGGAUGUGUGCAUAGUUUAUGCUGGGCAUUUGUGAGUCACAGUAGGCUGGGCCAGCACUCUGCAUGAAGUAGGGUGCCCAGAUGCAAAAGGGCAUGUGGAAGGGGGAAUUUCAGCAGGUAUAGCUUGCAUGACAUGCCACACCUACUGAAAUUUCCUAUUUUACACAACUAUUAAAGGUGCAGGUGCCCCCCCCUUCAUGAUAGGGUAAUCAUGAGCUGGCUCCUCAGACAACACCCCAGAAUUCUCUGCAGAUAUUCAUGGCCUAAUAAACCAUGCUUUGUUAGCCAGCAAAACUUCAUCUGAACAGCCCUGCUUCUUUUACUGUAAUUCAGUUUUUUUCAAUUGUCUCAAUUUCUUACUCAUAUUUAUGUUUCAUUGGAACACAGAAAAGCCACAGAUUAUGGAGUUGGCCUUAAAAGUAAUCUACUUGAGAAUCUUGUCUUUCAUUAAAAAGAAAGAAGAAAGUUUCUCAUCUAUUUGCAUAAGUUUUCCUGAAAGUUUUUAGCAAUGCCUAAUGUAUAUUGAAAGUUCCUAGCUGAGAGUUGGGAGGGCCCUCUUUGUGAGACAAGGAUUAAGAUCUACUUUUGAGACAGGGAUUUGUCUUUUCUUUGCUCUUUUUAUUUUUAUUUAGAUUUGUUUUUUAUUGUAUGAUGACAAAGUUUCAUUAAAAAUUAUGGGGGGGGGGAGGGAGAGAAAGUUAGAGCCGAGGUCGCUCAAUAUUUCUAGUGCUCAGAGGUCAGGACUUAUGAUCUGGAGCUUCUUCCUGUGACUAGUGAAAGCAGAAUGAACUAUGCAACACUGGGAAGAAAUGCUGCAUCGAUUGGGCAAAAAAGAGGUCACAUUUGUUUGCAUAAUUUAUUCCAGCUGCAGAAUUCUGCAUUUGUUAGAGUCACUUGGUGCAUACCUUUGAUUAUUAUUUUUUAACAUUUUAACAUUUUUUUAGCAUAUACUCAGCCUUGAUUAUGCUUUGAGAGAUUUUUGUCAUGAAGGAAAAAAUUUCUCUGUGACAUCAGCAAGAACUCCGUUCUUGAAGUGCCUUAGGACGUAGAGUGAGGUAUUAUAACAGUAAUAAUGAUUAACAUCUCAUUUUGGGAACCAACAUGUUUACAUUGACAUCUAUCUUCUUCCCAUCUCCUCCUUUCUAUUGAAUAGAGUAUGGGAAUCUGUGAAGCGUACUACCAGAAAAGAGGGGGUUUCUGCUGAUGGUGAGCAAGUCUUUACAUUGACAAACACAAAACACCUCUUACUUCACUGGCUGCUGAGAGUCUCCUAAUGUUAGAUAAGCUGGGGACAUACAUGAGAGAACACCAAUAUAUAUGGAAAUAUUGAUUGUAGAGAUUAUUGGUCCUUCACCAAUUUCAGGCAAGUAUUUUAUCAUCGUUGAAAUUUAUAAUAAUUAUAAUGAUGGCUUCCAUUUUCAUUCAGUAGCUAGUAAUUCAUAAUAGUGGCUGUAUGUGUGAACAGGCCCCCAGGCAUGCCCUCAAAGCUAAGUGACCUGCCAGUCUUCCCUUCCCCACCUUUUAUCAUCAGAGCGUGGAAAGGAAGAUGCAAAACAGUGUGGUCUAGUACCCGCUUGGAUACUUGUGGAUAGUAAGCCACAGCAGCACUGUUAAGAUGGUUUGAAAAAGGAGCCAUAUGAAUUUCCUAAACUAAUGUUUGUUUCCAGUUGUGUUCUGGAGAAUCCUGGUGUUCAUUAAAAGCUUCUUCAGAGCUAUAAUCAGGAAUGGCAGACUGGCUUCUCUGAUAAACAGCUUGCCACCUAUUCCAAUCUUCCCCUAUGAUUGGCAGCUGCAGUGGAGUGUUGGAUGGUUAUCUUCUCCAUUCACCUAUGUGGAUGGUAUGACCCAACAGGUCAAACCAAGCACCUUAUGUGAACUGAGGAUAUGCCCUAAAUCAUCUUCCAGAAUCCUCUGCAACAUUCAGGGCUUCCAAGUAGAUACUGAAAUUGUUCCCUCAAGGGAGAAAGUGUGAAAACCAUUACUCUGAAACUGAUAACAUGGACACAACCAUCAAGUACACUGCAUGAGAUACCUUGAGUGAGUUACUGAUCUUUGUCGGUUUCAGUGCAGCCAUGUUUUUGCAAGUUCCUUCUCUGUAUUGGCAGGUGUUGCUGUUAUUCCAGUGUUGCAAAGAACUCUUCACUAUGACUGUGUUGUCCUAGUGAAGCAAUUUAGGCCUCCCAUGGGAAACUACUGCUUGGAAUUCCCUGCAGGUAGGUGGUUCACCUCAGCUUCCUUGUUAAUUUUAAGGUAUUUAAAAUUGUGAGAGAGGCACUAGCUGUUUCUUGGGAUGCUUAUAUGUUUGGAAAUAGGCCACAAGUCCUGUGUUGCAAACCCCUUAGGAUAAAUUCUUUCAGUGGUAUUGCACCCUGGACAUAUCUGCACAUUACUAUUUCUGAUUUUAUCAGAAUUAAUGCCUUGUAACUAGGAAUGGAGGAGAACUUUAUUUGGUGUGCCCUUUUAAGUGAGCAGGCCUAUUUUACACCUUCCUGACUAAGACACAGAUUAGAACACAAUUAUCCUUUUGAUCUUGCACUUCUCUGAACUUUGCAAUACAUUUUUUUUGUUGGGGGGGAAAAUCAAUGUGUAAAAAUGAGUAUUUUAGGAUAAAGUGCAUUCAGAAAGGCAUUGAGGAAAAAGACAUUUAAAUAUGUUCUUAUAUACAAGUUUUUUUAAAAAAAGAAAAUCAGAGAUGAAUGUGGAAAGUGGAUGGAAGACACUUACAAAUGAACCCAUGUCAAAUUGAUAGGGACAGAAAUGGGCUGUGCAUGUAACAAGAGCCAGACUAGGAAGUAAUUGCUUAAAACAGUUGAGAGCAGCAAGGAAUGUUGAGAGGGAAGGUCAACUUUCACUUGCCUUCCCUUCACACUUCUUUUUGGCAAACAGGCCAAGUAUUGUGUAAGAUACAUGCAUUUGUCCUACAGAUCUAGUCUGGUAUGGAGCCUCAGGAUUCUAAACAUGCCCCCGUAGUCUGUACUCUUCACAACUUGUGUGCCCCAUCCUGUGAAGAAUCUUGCUGGUAUCAUGAGAUUGGCUUUUUAAUGCAUAUGUAUAAUGCAUUUAGGGACGCGGGUGGCGCUGUGGGUUAAACCACAGAGCCUAGGACUUGCCGAUCCAAAGGUCGGCAGUUUGAAUCCCCGCGACGGUGUGAGCUCCCGUUGUUUGGUCCCAGCUCCUGCCAACGUAGCAGUUCAAAAGCAGGUCAAAGUGCAAGUAGGUGAAUAGGUACCACUCCGGCGGGAAGGUAAACAGCGUUUCCGUGCGCUGCUUUGGUUCACCAGAAGCGGCUUAGUCAUGCUGGCCACAUGACCCGGAAGUUGUACGCCGGCUCCCUCGGCCAAUAAAGUGAGAUGAGCGCCGCAACCUCAGAGUCGGUCAUGACUGGAGCUAAUGGUCAGGGGUCCCUUUACCUUUACCUGUAAUGCAUUUUAAUAAUUAGAGUAGUGAUAGGGAGAACCUGUGGGCCUCUACAUGUUGUAUGCCAGCUCUCAUCAUCCCUGAUCGUCAGUCACUUUGGCUGGGGCAUAUGGGAGUUGUAACAAAAUUUCGAGGGCGCCAGAUUCCCCAUCCAUGAAUUAGAACAUUUAUCUUGCCACUAAGUCUUGUGCUUUCUUCCUAGCCAUGCCAAUGUCGUCACUCCCCCCCCCCCCCAAAAAAGUCCAUUUACCAUUGCUGAUCUUAGUUACAAUUCAACCUUUACAUCACAGGUCUAAUUGAUAGCAAUGAAACCCCAGAAAGUGCUGCUUUACGUGAGCUGGAGGAAGAAACAGGAUACAAAGGGGAGAUCCUUGAAUGCUCUCCAGGUAACUUCUGUAUUUUGUCUUGACUGUUUGGAUGGAAAAUGUUGAUGCAUGUCCUUUUAUGGAACACUUUGGAAUGCUCAAAGAGCUUGCAGUUAUCAAACAUAACUGCCAUACCAUAAAUGCUGUCUAAUUAUUUUCUAAUAAAUGCAUGCUGGAACAUUUCACCAGUGCAAAGAGGAAUGCCCUAGUAAACUCUGGGCAUAUCUAUGAAGGUGCUGAUGUAACUGGUCAGAACACUUGCAACAUUUGGGGGCUUUUCAGCUGAGAAAAAGGGAGAAGGGCAGGACAUGAGGAACAUUAUGUGGGGAAAGUGGAUAGGGAGAAAGUUUAUUCCCCCCUCCUCUCAUACCAGAGCCCAGGAUCAUUCAAUAAAGCUAAGUGGUUAGAAGCUCAGGACAGAUGAAAUGAAGUACUUUCCCCAAACUGAGCCCAUCUAGGAGAAGGAAAACUGAUCCUAAACCUCUGCUGCCUUGCAGGAUAUUUUGGGGAGAAGAAAGGGCUAAGGUGUAAAUCCUACACAAAUUUGGAGCAGAGUCCCUAAGAUGGUUGGAUGGCGCCUUGUCUGCCUCCUCCCGCAGCCAAGCUGGUGCCAAAUGUAUUGCUCCGCUUUCCUUUGAACCACAUCAGUGAGGCUGAGAUGGGAGUCUUGUUAUCUGGGCAGCCCAGGGCCUCCAGACACACUACCCAGGCUUGCUCCCCAGAGAGGUCACUUGAGUGCUGCUAAUGUAGCGGUUUGCCUACCCCCAGAGGCACACACAUUGUCUCUCAAGACAGAUGGAUCCCACCAACAACUGGUUGCUGUAAAAUGCUUGGCUAUCUAGUUUCUGAAUUCCACGUAUUUCUCUGGCUUGCUGGAACUAGAGGAUCUGAGCGUAUGCACAGUGGUCCCUAGUCUUCGGCGGCACAUUAGAGUUGUUUAUCUAGUUCUUAAUUAGGAGCAGAUUCUGUGAUAUUCCUUCUGUGUCUUUGAGAACAAAUGUGUAUUAGCAUGUCAGACGAAUAACUGAAGAAUGAUGCUUUCUGUAGCUUUGUGCUUGGAUCCUGGAUUGACUAACUGUGCAUCACACAUUGCAACAGUCACCAUUAAUGGAGAUAUUCCUGCCAAUCUGAAGCCCAAACAAAAACCAGGUGAGUCCACCACUUGAUAUAAUCUUCUCUUAUUCUUGUAUCAAAACAUUUUCAGUGCCCUAUUUGAAACACCCUGUAUUUAUACACAUAUAUUAAAGUGAAAUUUCUGUUCAUGUUGGUGUCUUUCUGCAAGGAGCCAAACAUAAAUCCUCAAUAUAAGAGUUGUCAAUGUUAUACCUAAUAGCCAGAAAGCAGGAGUCAUUGUGUGCUUUAUGGGAAAUACUGUAGUAGCAUUUCUGUGGACUGUCCUAUUUACAGGAUGCAAGUGAGGCUUGCACAGUGUGACUACUGCUCCACUUUAAGAGCAUAUAUAGUAUAAUUAACGCAUUUUUAAAAAAGGAUCUCCAGGCUCUGCAGACUGAAGUUGUGCCCUUCAGAGUUCCUCCACUGCUUGGCACAAAUACAGUGGUACCUCGGGUUAAGAACUUAUUUCGUUCUGGAGGUCCGUUCUUAACCUGAAACUGUUCUUAACCUGAGGUACCACUUUAGCUAAUGGGGCCUCCCGCUGCCGCCGCGUCACCACCAUGCGAUUUCUGUUCUCAUUCUGAAGCAAAGUUCUUAACCCAAGGUACUAUUUCAGGGAUAGCAGAGUCUGUAACCUGAAGCGUCUGUAACCCGAGGUACCACUGUACAGAAAUACAGAUAAGAUAAGAAACAAAGUAGCAUGGUAGCUCUUGAACUGUCUGGGAGCUGCAUAAGCCUAAAUUCAAGAAGGUGCAGUAGAUAUUAAGAGUUUGCCUCCCCCUUAGUCUCACCCCCCCCCUUUUAGCUGCAUGGGAAGAAGGGUUCAGUAUGUGGGGAUCCAGGGCAGGGGGCUUCCUUGGUCUGAGGGAAGCAGCCACAGUUUAUCUGGUAGGAAGCUGUGGAGAUUGAAGAGAGGAGCCUUCGGGGGCAGAAGUGGAGGCAUCUUGGGUGUUCUGAGCCAGGGGAAUGUUAAUAUAAGUAAAUGUGGUGGCAGGCAUUGUGGCAAGGCUGUUUAGGAAGAGGCGAAACUGAAGGGUUGAGCUGUGUGGGGUUGCUAGAGACAGAAAAGUGCCCAAGUGUCCUGGAGCAUUUAGGGAGACAAUUCAGAUGAGUGGAUUUAGGCUUAAGAAGCAGAGCAGCCCUGGAGCCACACCAAGAAGCCUGGCUCAUGAUGUCCUGCAUGCUGAGUACCACCUCCCACCCUCCAUGUGUGCAGCACAAACAUCGGCACGGAGGGAGCCUUAGCACGUUUGCACUGUAUAUGCAGGCGCCAGGGACUGUGCCAUGCAACAGCAGGACUACUGGAUCCAACCCUGAUCCUGUACUGCUCCAUUCAGGAGCAUUAGCAGCUAUAUAGGACUAUGUUUCAAUAAUAUUGUGGAUAAAUUGUUCAGCAAGGAAGUCUGAUAUCAGAGUGAAAAACAGAAGUAUCUAGAGUCACAAACCUUAAUUCCCAUUGUGUUUAUGCUUUGUUUUGUAUAUGCAGAGGAAGGAGGUACGUUGUCUGCUUAAGUUCACUAUGGCUGGCAUCACAGAUAAGUAUGCUAGAUACUUCUGAAUAUUCCAGUGUAGUUUUGGCUCAAUAAAGCCCUUUUGUCUUUUAAGUUCAAUAGCUAUCUCUUUCUGGGUCACCCUAAUUUUUUCAGUAACACAUUGAGUAGUAUAGAAUUUUAAAAAUGUAGACUUCACUGGUGUAUUAAAAGAAGUUAAUCCCAUUUAGCAUGAUCUGCAGGAAAGGGAUCCAAAAUCAAUUUCCUUAAAAAGAAAAGUUGGGAACAAUGGGUUGGAUCCAAAAAACUGAGUGGAAAGAAAGCAAGACACUAGCACUGUUCUCCAAAUGGGUUGACACAGCCUGAGUAAUCGACCCAAACUUUUGCACCGCUGCUCUUCUUGUCUGUGAUGUCACACUGAGCUUUGGAGACACCUAGGAGAGUUGAUGGGAUUGUACAGACAAGCCCUUGCCUCUUUUUCACUCUGCGGUGGCAGGGGAGGACAUGGGCUUGACUGUUACACAAAGCUCAGUGUAUAGAUUUUUGGCUUUGUAGAGUAUGGAGGAAUCUCCCAGACUUUACACUGCCUUAGGAAAGGCUUGAAAAGCACCGAGAUCUUUUCCAGAGAAAUUACCCACUGUCUCCUAGUGUGGACAAAGAGGUGAUCUUGCUAUUACCACUUCUGAGGUGACAGAUAUAUAUUUGCGUAAUUCCACUUGUGUAAGAGUUCAUUACACACUGCUAUAAGUUCUCAUGCUUCCAUUUGUGCAAUUUUUUUGGAUUUACCUUCACUUUUAUUGCAUAACCCUGAAGGUAGAGGUGCAAAAUAGCCCUUUUGUUGUUAAGUUGCUUUGAGACUUUUUUAUGAAGUGACUAAGAAAUAAUAGUAAUAAUGAUGAUGAUGUUAUUGUUAUUCUGUAAGUGGGAGACACAGUCCAUGAGCAGAAGGACUUUUAUUUGGAUCCAGUCCCAUACUUCAUGCAACUACGUUUUGAACUAGGGAAGAGAUGAGGAAACCUGUGACCCUCCAAUUAUUAUUGGACUACAGUGCAUACCAGCCCACAUGGCCAAUGGUCAGGGAUGAUGGGAGAUGUAGUCUGAUAACACCUAGAGGGCCACAGGUCCACCCCUCAGAACUAAAGUUUCCAUUAUUUCUAGGAUAGUGUUUUCGCAGGUAAAAAUCAACAGACCUCAACUGCAAUGUUGUGAUCUCCUUUUAACCGAGGAGUCAGAAACUGGUGACGCCUCUGACUAAUCUAGUCCUCCAAAUCCUAGAUCAUGUGUACCGUAAAAUAACUGCCUUCAAUAUUGGCAACAGAACACCUCUUUCUGAUUCCUGGUGACCCAAACACUUGCCAUUGUCUACCUCUGCCCACCAUUACUCAACACUAAGGGGAGUAAGCAGUUUUUUGCAGAAACAGCUGGCCUUGGGUGGAGGAGCGAAGUACUGUGAAUAGGAGGCAUAGUCAUGUCAGCAUAACAUGAAUGGGGCUGGUUGUAGCUCACUGGCUUUCCUUAUAAGUUUCAGUAUAUGUGAAACUCAUCUUAUUUUCAGCUCUAGACUAAAAGGGGAGUCACCUUGUGGAAUAGAGUAGAAAUUAUGUAAUGCGUAAUUUUCUUUCUUUCCCCUCCCUCAGAAUUUGUAGAAGUUGUUACACUACCAAAGAAUGAUUUAUUGCAGAGAAUUGAGGGUAAGUACCAUCACUGAAGAAAAGAUUCAUGAAAAUUGAAAUGGUGGCAGAGUUUGCAAAAUCAGGGCCUUCUAAAAGGAUUUUCUGAGAAUGAAGCAUAUUUUUCUUGAAUGCCAGGGAAGAUUCCCAAUAGGAGACCUAUUUCAUUACCUGGCAUCAGUCUUCUGAGCAGGGAUGCUUAGCUACACCUACAUAUUACCCUCCAAAAUAUCACAGCAAACCGUUAUUUCAUUCAUACAUCCUUGAAAACUUGUGAAGUAGAAGGUUGAGGCAGGAUUUCAUGUCCCUGUGGAACUGCACCUAUUAGCUGCAUCACUGGCAAGAAGAACAGACCUGCUUGUGAGCAUAGCAAAACUGAAGGGGGGAAAGAAGCAAGACGGACAGGAACAAAUAAAAUACAUAAAAUAUACAAUAUGUGGGGGGGGGGGCAAAAGGAGAAGAGUGGAGGAGGUAACUGAAAACCCUGAGAGGUAAAAAAAGACUGUGUGUGUGAGUGGUUUAGUCAUUGGCCGUAUUUUUUAAAAAGAGGCCUGAGUUUAAAAAGGAAUUUUAAGCAUUAGCUCAAGUGUUUUGCAAAGGGCUGUUCUCUCCUGUGUUUCCCUCUGCUGUUUUUCCUCCAAACCACUAUAGUUCCUUUAAAAAAGAAACAACCUCAAGGAUUUUAGAGCCAAACUGCAUCAUCAAUAGAAUGAUAUGGCUGAACUCUUGAGGCUGGGGGUGGGAUGUCUGGCUGCUCUGCCAGCUUUAAAACAAAACAGCAAAGUCUUCCUGCGUCUGGAAGAGGGGUGGGAAACCUUUUGGCUUGAGAGCCACAUUUCUUUUUGGGCACCUCACAAAAGAGGGUGAUGAAAUGACUGUGAAUGUUACCAUUGUACUGCAGGCUGGAUUCUACACACGCUCUUCUCUGACCUCCAGCCAGGCAAGCAAGAGUUGGUACUGGAGGUCAAGGAUUUUCCAAAUUCAUGAUGGAGGGGAUGCAUCCCAAAGGCCAGCUAGGGAGGCCUGGAGGUCAGCAUUUGAUUCUCACUGCAGGCCUGAGAUUCCUCGUCCCUGAUAUGGAAAAUCAGGGGAAAGGCAUGGUGGAUUUUUUAAAAUCUAUGGUGCAAUCAGACUUGGUUUUCCUUCUUCUGCAGCAUUAAGAGGUACAGCCCAAGAGCUGUAUUACGCUGCACUGCCUUAUAACAGUGGGGGGGGGGAGUGUGCACUCUCCUCUGUAUCGCUGUUCUAGUGGUCAUCUUACUCAGUUUUAUAUGACUUUAAGACCAAACAUCUUGGUAAAAUUUAAGUACAAUUGUACCUUGGAAGUCGAUCGGAAUUUGUUCCGGAAGUCUGAUCAACUUCCAAAACGUUUGGAAAGCAAAGCACGGCUCCUGCAGCCAAUCGGAAUCUGCGGAAGCCCCGUCGGACUUUAGGCUUCCAAAAAUAGUUUGCAGACCGACUUCCGGGGUGGCGCCAUCGGCAAUGGCGGACUCCCUCUGAACUGGAGGGACUAGCUCCGCGGGAAACGGGUCUUCUCCGCUACGGCGAAGCGGGGACCCUUUCAAAAAUCACAGGCGGAUGAAGCCUGUGACCAUGGGACUCGGCGGGCACCUUUAGCGCCCCCCCCAACUCGCAAAGGAACCCACUAACGGGCUCCGAAGUGAAGAGGGGGAAGUGGCGCGGUGCUGUGAGUCAACUGCUAUUUCCGUGGAGCGAAGCCGCAUAGCCCUUGCCGGAGAGCGCUGCCCUUUUCCUGGGACAAUUUGGACUCUAAAAUAAGCACCCGUGAGUACUUAGACUUUGAACAACUGGACAUUAGAUGGGGACUUGCGAGCAGAAAGGAAUUGGAUUUUAAAAAUCUAUUUCAAUUUGGUACGGAACAGGAAGGUCUAAACAGGAAGUCAGCCUUCCGUUCUUCUGUAGAUAGAAUAAAGCAAAGACAACGUAAACUAGAGCUCAGAAAAUCGCUUUUAAAGGAUUGGAUUUCAUCAUUUAAAAUUGUGGAACCCCCCUUCGACAGCAGGAGAAGAAGGGGGAUCUUUUUCGGACUGUUUAAAGUGAGUUUAAAGUAAAGCAACUUUCCUCCGUCCUGAUCCUGGAGCGGGGUGUCAGGACUGACGUUUGAAGUUCAUUGACCAGAGACAAACGUUUUUGACAGAUAGCUAAAAGAAGAGAAACAUAGUGAUUCCACUGUUUCCCUUCGCAUUUCAAAGGAACAAAUAUUGACAAGGUAUCUCAAAAAGGAAAACUUUGUUGCAAGAUCAAAUAGAAGUUUUCCCCCUAGAGGGAGACUGUGAAACUGUAACCAACUCCAGGGAGCCGGCAGCUGUUUACAGACUACAAUCGUGGGAAUAGGCAUUUGACCUUGCAGGACAAUGUAUUCAGAAGCUUUGUUGUGUGCUUUCUACAAAACAAAUGCCCUACUGGAACAGUUACAUGAGAAGGUGAAUUUGAUGACGACUUUGACUAGAAAUUUCGAACACGCAGUGGGAAAUUUUGAACAGACAGUGGGAAAAUAUGUGGAGCCCACCCAGGAAUUAAAUCAGGAGUGUGUCCUGACAGAACAGGCCCAACAGGAAUAUGAGCUUUCGGAUUUGACAAAUGAACUUGGAAAAGCCAGAUUUGGAAAGAAAAAGUUUGGUUUGGCUUGGAAAUGGGGGGCUGGAUUGACCCCCCUAUGCAGGGAUGUUUGGACUUUUCAAAUCUGGCAAUGGGCCGUGAGAUGUUUGGGAUUGUGGGGGCUCUUAAUUUUGGAGGGUCUUUGAAACAUGCUUUUAAAUACCAUAUGGAAUUUAGUGCUGAAUAUGGAAAAGGGGCUGAUCUGUCGAGAAGGGUUAAAAAUAUUGCCAAGCUGGAGUUACCACGAGCAGGAGACAAGGGAAAAUACAGUUACAAAUAUGAAGAAGAGCUGCGAAAGGGACAUGGAAGAGACUUGAGGGCCUUGGAUAUAAGGUUGCCAGGUUAAUGGGCCAGAUCGAUGGGAUAAUAAGGACUGACUAAACCCGGAACCAGGAGGAAGGGACGUUGGAUGAAGAUUGGAUCUGUUUGUAUUUCUUUUUUCUACCAUUAGAACUGUUUUAUAAAAUUGAUGAAUGUCAGAAAAAUGUUGGAAUGAAAUUACUGGCUUUAGUAAAGAUGGUUAAAGAAUUAUGAAAGAAUAUUAUGGUUAUGAGAAGUUGGUAAGGAUAAGAUUUAAGUUAUAAGCUUUAAGGUUUAUUUCUUAUAGAAAGAUAAGAUCAAAACUGUUUAGGGUAAUGUAAUGACAGAAUAUUAUGAAAUAUGGAAAGGAUUUGCUGGGAUAAUUAAUAACUAGGAUACAAAGAAAGGGAGGAGGAGGAGGUCAAAGAAAGAAGGUAAUGACAGUUGAGGAUUCGAGAAUAAUGAAUUUGUUUUUAAAUGUUCUUAAAUUGUAUUUUUGUUUUUUCUUCUGUUUUUUUCUUUUUUUUUGAAUUUGUAUUUGUAUGGUUGGAAGGGGUUUGUUUGGUUUUUUCCCCUUCCUUUUCUACUUUGUUAACUAUUUUUAUUUUGUAUUCUCUUCUGCUUUUAUUUUAUGUUGUAACACUUUGAAAAUUUCAAUAAAUAUUUUAUUUAAAAAAAAAAAAUAGUUUGCAGACCGGAACAGUCACUUCCAGGUUUGUGGCGUUUGGGAACCAAAAUGUUGGAGACUCUAGUACGACUGUGGUCAUAUUCUCCUGACAAUUUAAGAUCACACAAUUCAGAGAGAGAUGAUUAUUUGUUGUUGUUGUUGAUUGAACUUGACGAGAACCACCCAGAAAACUUUGUUGAUUGGGCAGUUGGUUGGACAGCAUGGCCUUGGUUACCAAAUCCUGGCUCUGAGUGCAGGGUGGCACACAGUUGUUGUCGUUAUGUCCUGAAUGCUCCGUGUGCAGUCUGCCAGGGGGUGUGGGAAGCAGUGGCCAAGGCUGCUCCACUCACUUUCUGGCAGACCACCCAUGAGAAGAGCAUAUGAUUAUUUUUGCAGAUUUGCUUUUUCGCAACUACCACAUUGCAGAAGGUGCACGUAAAACCAAGUUGAACUCAGAUACAGUAGUUUCAACAAUGUUAAGUGCAUACAAUGCAAAGUUUUGUGGCCUGAAAGCAGAGUGUAAAAAAAUUAGCUCAGUCAGUACAGCCUAAGAUGUGAUCUCAGGGUCUUGGGUUUGAAGCCCCACAUGGGGCAGAAGAUUCUGGCAUUGUAGGAACCCUCAUGGUUCCGUCCAACUCUACGAUUCUAUUCUUUUAUUCUAACAAUACACGUUUCCUCAACAUAUGUGUGACUUGUGUUCUUUGGAACAUUGGAAUUAAACCAGUCUUGCUUAUACUACUUUAACAAAAUAUUUAUCUAUUUUUUCCAGAGCUGGUGUCAGAGGAGCACAUGAUAGUCGAUGCAAAAGUAUAUGCUUAUGCCUUGGCACUGAGGCACGCAACAGACCAACCAUUCCAAGUGCCAUUUAUGAAAUUCUAA